AUGAGGCUCCAGAGCAGCAGCACAACCCUCCUCCUCGUCGGCAUCGGCCUGACCUCCGCCCUCCCCCACCUGGACAGCCCCCGUCAGCGGCUCCUCAACGGCCUGGAGCUGCCAGACCGGUACCUGCGCUCUCCCAAGACUCGGGACGAGGGAACGCCCUACACACCCGGUCACCGUGAUCCCUACGAUGAGGCCGUCGAUCCCGUAACCGAGAAUCUCGACCCGAAGCCCUGGCGCAAUGGCUUGGGAGCAUCCGUCCUCGGUCCGUGGAACCCGGACCGCUCCCGGCAGGAUCCCGAUCUCGUCAGGCCGCCCAGCACCGACCACGGGAACAUCGCCAACAUGCGCUGGAGUUUUGCAGACUCUCACAUCCGGAUCGAGGAAGGUGGAUGGACCCGCCAGACGACGGUCCGUGAACUGCCCACGAGCCUGGAGCUAGCAGCCGUCAACAUGCGCCUGGACUCCGGGGCGAUCCGCGAGCUCCACUGGCACAAGGAGGCCGAGUGGGCCUACGUCCUGGACGGCGAGGUGCGCGUCACCGCCCUGGACUACGAGGGCGGCAACUUCAUCGACGACCUGAAGAAGGGGGACCUGUGGUACUUCCCCAGCGGGGUGCCCCACUCGCUGCAGGGCCUGGGGGACAACGGCACCGAGUUCCUCCUCGUCUUCGACAGCGGCGCCUUCUCCGAGGACUCGACCUUCGUCCUGACAGACUGGCUCGCGCACACGCCCAGGUCCGUCAUCGCCAAGAACUUCCACCUGGCGCCCGAGGUGUUCGACCACCUCCCCGCCGGCGAGAAGUACAUCUUCCAGGGCAGCCAGCCCGGCACCGUCGACGAGGAGCGGCCCCGGGGCAGGGAGGCCAGACGGUCCAGGUACGACUUCGCCCACCGCCUGCUGGACCAGGAGCCCAGGAGGACCUCGGGCGGGGAGGUGCGCGUCGCCGACUCGGCCAACUUCCCCGUCUCCAAGACCGUGGCGGCCGCCCACGCCGUCAUCGAACCGGGCGCCCUGCGCGAGAUGCACUGGCACCCCCUCGCCGACGAGUGGUCCUUCUUCAUCAGCGGCCGGGCGCGCGUGACCGUCUUUGCCGCCGAGGGGACGGCACGCACCUUCAACUACGGGCCCGGUGAUGUCGGCAUCGUGCCCAAGAACAUGGGGCAUUUUGUCGAGAAUAUCGGCCGCGAGCCCGUAGAGAUGCUCGAGGUCUUCCGAAGUGACCGGUUUCGCGACUUCUCUCUAUUUCAGUGGAUGGGCGAGUCGCCCAAGCGCAUGGUCGUCGAUACCAUGUUUGCCGGCGAUGAGGAGAACGGAGAUAGGUUCUGGGAAAAGGUCAAGGAUGCCCACAAGGAUGACAUCACCAAGUGA